AUGGAUCAUUACGACAACAUUCAGACGAAGGGCUCCAACGAGCGUUUCAAAGUCAUCAACUAUCGCAAGGCGAUCACUGCUAUCCGUGCUCUGGACUAUGAGAUUACGUCUGAAGAGAUGGCACUCAAGGUCCCCCGUGUCGGCAAAAAGAUUGCUCAAAAAAUCGGCGAGUGCGUCUCACUAGGCAGGAUUAAGAAACUCGAUCACCUGAACUGGGACAAUGAAAGGCAGCAGGUGGAAACACUAUUCAAGAGUGUCUAUGGUGUCGGCUCGGAAAAGACCACGGAGUGGUACAACAAGGGACUUCGGACACUCGACGAUUUGAGGAAACUGCCAGACUUGACUAAGAAUCAGAUAUCUGGAUUGAAAUACUACGAUGACUUACUCAAGAGAAUCCCACGAUCAGAAGUCGCGCAAAUCGGAAAAGUUGUCGAAAGCGCCGCCAAGCAGCUCCAUCUUGAUAUCGAGUCCCGGGUGACGGGCUCAUAUCGCCGCGGCAAACCCGACUGUGGCGACAUCGAUAUUGUUAUCGCGCGGCCCAACGUCGACAAUGGGGAUGAACUCUUUGCAAUCAUGAAUCACUUAAUGCGCGAACUCAUCAACCAAGGAUUUCUCGUCGACCACCUCUCUCUACCUACGUGGUCGGAUGAUAUGGCUAACAGACCAAAACAUUUCAAGUACAUGGGAAUCUGCAAGUUGCCUGGACCAGAUGCUGUGCACCACCACAUUGAUAUCCUUAUUGUUCCCUGGAUACAUCUCGGUGCGGUCCUCCUUUACUUUACGGGUAAUGACAUUUGCAACCGCAGCAUGCGACUAUUGGCAGCCAACCGCGGCAUGCGACUGAGUGACAAGGGCCUAUUUGAGGGUGUGAUUCGUGGCAAGAAUCGAAAGCGAGUUAACGAGGGGCGAUGGGUCGCUGGUCGGACCGAACGCGAAAUCUUUGAAUAUCUCAAGAUCGAUUAUCUUGAACCGUAUGAACGAGAGUGCUGA